UACAAAUAAAGAUAAUCUGGCAUCAAGGUUUUCCCUUCCCCCUGGGAGCUUGAGAGUGCAGCCGCCAGGUGGUACCGUGUUCCGUCUUCUGUCGUUCACUUGAGACAGAACAAGAAUCCAAAAUGGCCAAGGUGAGAUGCCGUGAUCUUCGCACCAAGAAGAAGGAGGAACUCCUUAAGCAGCUUGAUGAGCUCAAGAAGGAGCUGUCUCAGCUUCGAGUGGCCAAAGUCACCAGUGGAGCUGCCUCCAAGCUGUCCAAGAUCCGCGUUGUGCGUAAAUCCAUCGCCCGCGUUCUUAUUGUUAUGAACCAGAAGCAAAAGGAGAACUUGCGCAAAGUCUACAAGAACAAGAAAUACAAGCCCCUAGAUCUCCGCUCCAAGAGGACGCGUGCUAUGCGCCGAGCUCUUACUACCGGCGAGAAGGCGAAGAAGACCUCCAAGGAAUUGAGGAGAAGCAGGGCUUUCCCCAUGCGCAAAUUCGCAGUCAAGGCUUAAAUCAUUGCUUUGGAUUUCUUUGCUAUCGGGCUCAUUACACUCUGAUGUCCGUCAAAA